UAACGUAGCUUGUAAAAUUAGUAAAAUUAUAAUUUUUACUAAAUUAAAGUUAUUUCCGCUCUGUGUGGUAAACAUUGGAAUCCCGCAAUGGACGAAGAAAGUCGCCAGCUGAUAGGAGACUGCUUCCUGCGUACCGUCGUAGAUCCUCGCUCGACAAAUGCCCCAUUGGAACCACCGCCAACAAAGGCACCGGUUAAAACCGAGCUGCAAAUCCUGCGCCUAAAGGAGGAAUCCCGAACGAUGGUGAUGGACACGCUGCGGACCAUUCACGGGGAAUCGUUUCAGCUGGGUGAUAUUUCCAUGCACGAGGACAAAGGAGGUCGCAUGAAAAAGGCCUACUGGAAGGAUCGAGGCAAUCUGAUCGUUCAGGGUGGAUGUGAUUAUUCGAAUGCACGAAAGACCGCCAAUGGAAAUGAGGAUAAGUUUCGAAUGUACGCACUGAUAAAGCUGGAGAGUUACGGUUUUGCGAAAGGGCACUGCGAGGAAGCGCUGGAUCACUGUAGUGGAAAUGUGGAUGAUGCGUUGGAACUGCUGUUUGAGAAGUAUUUUCCACCUCCGGUGGAUUUGUCGCUUUUGGAUUGUGAUUUGCAGCCGGAGGAACUUAACCAGAUGAGAGCAGAUGAAAAGGAAGCACUGGAGUCGAUUUACGAUAAAUUGUUUAUCGAAAAGGAACGCAAUCGAGUUUGGCAGCUGAAAUUUAAAAUUGACCACCUGUUGGUUCAUAGCCCAUCGGAGGUGAGAAAACUAGAGCAGAAGAAAAAGCAAGAGGCUGAAGAGGAACACAAACGGCAGCUGGCUGCCAAGGCUAAACGGAAAAAGGGUAAAAAGGAACCAUGCUGGAACUAUGCUAAAGGUAAAUGUAGAUAUGGUAAUAAGUGCUUAUUUUCUCAUGGAUCUGAAUCUGACGAUGAAGAGACUCCCAAAGAGGGAAAAUCUAAACCGGAGGAAGAUCCAAAUUGGUUUUUCCUGGAAAUUCGUUUCCCCCAAAAGAGCAAAUACCCUUAUGAGCCUCCGCUGUUAUUUCUAAAGACAACUUGCCCUGACAUACCGCAUCUGUUAAUGCUGCGUGUUGCGAGGUUGCUGGUUCAGGAGUCGAUCAAAAUUACUCAAGACGGAAUGCCCUGUAUUUACUCUGUCGCCGAACUUUUGCAGAAUGACGAAGAAAUUUCCCGCUUUAUCGAGUUGGAUCGAUAUCAAUUUCCCGAUUCUCGUCGUUCUCUGUUCUACCAGCCUACGGAGCAAGCUUUAAACAAUUUAAAAAUCGAAGAUUUGCCUAGCCACAAUCAAAUGGGUCAGACGAAGCGUUCCACAGGUCCUAAAACCAAUCCGGAGCAACUGCUGAAAGACGACCUGAACAUUAUCCGCAAGUUUAUGGAUAAGCAGAAAAACGAAGCCUACAAGGAAAUGCUCCGUCACCGGCAGCAGUUGCCUGCUUGGUCCAAAAUGACCGAAAUAAUUACUGCCAUGGAGUCCAAUUCAGUGCUGGUAAUCAGCGGAGAAACGGGCUGCGGUAAGUCAACUCAAGUGCCUCAAUUUAUACUAGAUAAUUGGCUGUUCCAGUCAUCCAAGCUGGAACGAAAAGUUCCUCAUGUGGAAAUCAUUUGCACUCAGCCACGGCGCCUCUCGGCCAUCGGAGUAGCUGAGCGAGUGGCUGACGAGCGCAACGAAAGGAUCGGUAACACGGUUGGUUAUCAAAUUCGAUUGGAGAACAAAAUUUCCUCCUCGACGCGACUCACCUUUUGUACGACGGGAAUUCUGCUUCGACGGUUGCAAUCGGAACCCACUUUGGACACGGUUACCCACAUCAUUGUCGAUGAGGUUCACGAACGCUCCGAAGAGUCCGAUUUUCUACUGUUAAUCCUCAAGGAAUUGUUAGAAAAGCGCAGCGAUUUGAAGGUGAUUCUUAUGUCGGCCACCCUGAAUUCGAACCUCUUUUCGUCCUACUUCGGGGACGUCCCGGUGUUGGACAUUCCCGGUCGGACGUUCCCCGUGGAGCAGCUUUUCCUGGAAGACAUCGUAGAACGAAGUGCUUUCGUGCUGGAACCCGAUUCUCAGUAUUGUCGCAAAUUGCGCAAAGGCGAAGAGGAACAACUGCUGCAGGAGCUUGAGUAUGCCGAUGUUAAGGCGGCAAAUGCCGCCCCAGCAAGGACUAUCAAGGAUGAAAACCUCAAGAUGGCCGAUAUGUUUGCCCGGUAUUCGGACUACUCAAAAGCAACAUGCAAAACUCUUUACCUGAUGGAUCCCUUGCGAAUCAAUCCGGAAUUGAUCGAGCACGUCUUGCGUUACAUUGUGGAAGGGACGGAGCAACACGGAUGGCCCCAGGAGGGUUCGAUCCUCGUUUUCCUACCCGGUUUAGCUGAAAUCAAAACCAUUCAUGAAGCACUCACCGACAGUAAGCUGUUCGGUCCCCGGGAGGACAAGUUCGUACUGGUACCCCUUCACUCGAGCUUAAGCAACGAAGAGCAAACGCUGGUGUUCAAAAAAGCUCCCAAAGGUAAGCGAAAAAUUGUACUCAGUACCAACAUCGCCGAAACGUCCGUCACCAUCGACGACUGCGUGUUUGUGGUGGACUGCGGACAGAUGAAGGAGAAGCGUUUCGAUUCGAACCAGAACAUGGAGUCGCUUGACGUGGUUUGGGUUUCUCGGGCUAAUGCAAUGCAACGGAAGGGACGAGCCGGUCGCGUUAUGCCCGGUGUUUGCAUUCACCUGUACACCAGGCCACGCUUCACGAACCACAUCCUCGCGCAACCGGUACCGGAGAUUCAUCGGAUACCACUGGAACCACUUUUACUAAGGAUAAAAACCCUAAGCACGCUACAGGCGAGGGAGCUAAAGCACGUGCUGAAGGCAAUAAUUGAACCGCCCAGCGAUGAGAAUAUAGAAGCCGCCAAAAAGCGUUUGGUUGACGUGGGGGCGUUCGAUCUGCAGGAACAACUAACCCCAUUAGGGCACCAUUUAUCUGCCCUUCCAGUGGACGUCCGAAUCGGAAAACUUAUGCUGUUUGGAGCAAUUUUCCAAUGCUUGGACAGCGUUUUGACGAUUGCAGCCUGUUUGAGCUAUAAAAGUCCGUUCGUUUCCCCCUUCAAUAAAAGGGACGAAGCCGACAGUAGGAAGCGUCUGUUUGGCAUCGCAAACAGUGAUCACUUAACGAUGCUGAACGCCUACCGAAAGUGGAAAGAAACAACCAAGAGAAGCCGCUAUGCGGCCAGUUGCUACGCUGAAGAGAAUUAUCUUUCCACGAAAACAUUGCAGACGAUCGGCGAGAUGAAGUACCAAUUCCUGGAGCUGUUGGUGUCCAUAGGAUUCGUGCCGAUUGAUUUAACCUCUCGACGGGGGAAGUUCGUCAGGGACGAUCUGCUGGAGCUAACGGGGACAGAAAUCAACGCUAACGGCGACAAUAACCGCCUUCUGGCGGCAAUCCUCUGUGCUGCCUUGUACCCCAAUGUCAUCAAAAUUCUAACCCCGGAAAAGAGCUUCAUCAGCGGUGCCGGCGGAGCCGUCCCCAAGUUACCUCAACCAUCGGACUUGCGCUUCAAAACCAAACAGGACGGUUACGUUUUUCUUCACCCGUCUUCCAUCAACUCUCGCUACGGUAGUUUCAAUUCACCCUAUCUGGUCUAUCAAGAGAAGGUGAAAACGUCCCGCAUCUACAUCCGCGAGACGACCAUGGUUCCGCUACUGCCGAUGGUUCUGUUUUCCGGCAGCGAUUUGCGGAUCGAACUGCACAGUGGCGAUUUUAUGAUUCUGCUCGAGGACGGGUGGAUUGUGCUGCAGGCCGAAACGCACGAGGUAGCCGAAAUGAUGAAAUUCCUUCGGCUGGAGUUGGCAAAAAUGCUGGAAAUGAAGAUUACCGAUCCACUGCUGAAUUUGGCUAACCACGAGCACGGUCGAAAGGUAAUCGGGACGAUUGUGCAGUUGAUCAAUAAGGAGUGAAUAGGCAGACGAACUGUGCAAUCGUAAGUUUUUUUUUAUUUUCGUUAUUUAAAAAUGUAACCUAGUUAUUCAUA